AUGUCCUGAACACUUGACUCAGAAGCACACUGGUGUUUGGCUGGAGUAGCUGACAGGGCACGACUGCAUGCACAGUCUGGUUGGAGGGUUUGCGAGGACACAGCGAGUGCAGCUGCAGCAGUCAUGGCUGCUCGGUUCCUCAUUGCAAGGUUUUUACUGCUUUAUGUUUUGAGUGAUGUGAACUACUCCUCAGCCUUUCCAGGAGCCACAAGUCCUGUGCAGCCUAGAGCGUGGCAGGGUGGAAGAGGGGAACACGAUGUGUAUGGAAGUCCUCGUCCUUUCCAGUACAUGAGGGCUCUGCAGCCGACAGAUCCAAAGAUCUACCCUAAUGUGCGCGAUCAGGUCCAAGUCCAAUCCCCGAGAUCGUAUCAGCCACGCUCCAAUAUUCCCGCCCACAGACCCAUGGAAACGUAUCCGCUCCAGCCUCGAGCACACAGAAACCACCUUGUGGCCAAGCCCAGGAGCUUUGACUUGAGCCUGAGGAUUCCUUUUGCUCAGUCUCGUGAUGGUGCUAAUCCUCCUGGGUACGGACCAAGCGGCUUUAUUAUUGACAACAGUUUUAAUAAUCCCGGCAGACGCCAUGGCCAUGACGCUUCCAAGCUGGGCUACCAGUUCAGCUUAUCCGUUCCCUUUUCACGAGGUUCUCCACGCCGCCAGGAACAUCACGGCGGACAUCGACACAGGCCUGCGGAAGCUGAUUUGGGCCACCAAAGACCGCAGGUUUAUGUGCCGGCUCAUACAAGGCCGCACCCCGAUGAGCAUCAUCAUCGUGAUGAAGGCCGCCCUGGUCGGGUCUCUGCAUUUCCGGAGCCAGAUGGACUGGAACGCCCAUCAAGGCCGCGCCAUCCUCAGAGAUAUGUCGACCCUUACAGUGGCUACUACAACUCCCACAUGAAUCCUACGUGGAACGACUACUGGUGGUAUUACCAUGGACCUCACUGGGGUCAUGUAAAGCAUCCAUCUUCUGACCCUUGGCCAAAUUUCCAUCGGUCAGCUUCAGACUGACAUGGAUGGAAGAGACGAGCCAAACUCGCAGGGCUCAGCUGGGUCACUGGUUUUUGGAUAUUACAACAUGGUAUUUCUUGAUGGUUAAAACCUGUUCCUCAUAUUUCUUCCUCCUUCACAGCUCUGCAGUGCAAAAAGGAUCUCCUGUAUUUAUCUAAAAUAAAGUGUGAAAGCUC